AGCGAGAGAGAGAGAGAGAGAGAGAGAGAGAGAGAGAGCGAGAGAGAGACAGAGAGAGAGAGACAGAGAGAGAGAGACAGAGAGAGAGAGAGAGAGAGACAACACAGGAGAAGGUUUAAAGGGCUGUUGUUGCUGCAGCUGUGAAAGAAGGUUCCUGUUCUGCUGAUACCCCAGGUGUUCUGCUACCCUACCCUCUGAUACCCCAGGUGUUCUGCUACCCUACCCUGUGAUACCCUUUGCCUGUUGUGACUGUCCCUGUCACCUCAUUCCCUGGGAGAGAGAGAGAGAAAGGAAGAAGGACAGAGAGAGAAACAACGUUAAAGAUUUAAAGAGCUGCUGGUGUAGAAGACGAGAUACUGUCCUUCCCUGUCCUCUCCUGUCCUCUCCUGUUCUGCUGCCUGCCUAGAGGCUGAAGCUGAGAGUCUGAGGGCGAUGGUGAAGAUGUCUGGAGCUGACCUGGUACCUGGAUCCCUGCUACCCUGCCUCUGCACCCUGCUCUGCCUGAACCUGCUGCUCCUCCCUGGGACGGUCGAGCCGGGGGUACCCCUGGAGGACUUCUAUCCUUUUGGCCAGGACUCGGGGGACUCCCAAACCAUCUCCCAGGACGAUGGCGGCUCGGGGCUGGUGGAGAUCUCCGUUGCAUUCCCCUUCUUCGGUGACAGUCACUCUGGACUCUACGUAAACAACAACGGCCUGGUCUCGUUCCUCAGAGAGGUGUCUCAAUUCACACCUGUAUCGUUUCCCAUCGCCGGAGACCGGAGGGUUGUGGCGGCGUUCUGGGCUGACGUGGACAACAGGCGGGCAGGGCAGGUCUUUUACCGGGAGAGUAAAGACCCGUCUGUCCUCCUGAGGGCCACAGCUGACGUCAGACGACACUUCUCUGAGUUCCCAGAGUUCAGUGCGACGUGGAUCCUCAUCUCAACGUGGCACAAAGUCACCUUCUUUGGAGGAAGUGACAUCACACCGGUGAAUACGUUCCAAGUCAUAUUGAUCACCAACGGAGAGGUAUCCUUCACCAUCUUCCAGUAUCAUGAGAUCACCUGGACCACAGGCAUGCACGCCAGCAGUGGAGGAGACCUGGCAGGGCUAGGAGGCAUCGCUGCACAGGCAGGUUUUAACGCUGGCGACGGGAAACGCUACUUCAACAUCCCGGGGUCUCGUACUGAUGAUGUCGUGGAUGUGGAGGGAACCACUAAUGUGGGUUACCCCGGGAGAUGGGUGUUCCGGAUCGACAAUGCCCAGGUGGAGGUGGGCGGAUGCAACGACUCCGCGUCGGUGUGUCCACACCUUCGACCCUGUCUGAACGGGGGUCGCUGUAUAGACGACUGCAUCAUCGGCAACCCUUCCUUCACCUGCUCUUGUCUGGCUGGCUUCACAGGACCCCGGUGCCAGAUAGAUGUAGAGGAGUGCUCGUCAUAUCCAUGUCAGAACGGAGGUACCUGCUCAGACCAGGUUAACGGCUUCAUCUGCCAGUGUCCACCUGGGUUUACAGGGACCAUCUGCCAAACAGAUGUAGAGGAGUGCUCGUCAUAUCCAUGUCAGAACGGAGGUACCUGCUCAGACCAGGUUAACGGCUUCAUCUGCCAGUGUCCAGCUGGGUUUACAGGGACCAUCUGCCAAACAGAUGUGGAGGAGUGCUCGUCAUAUCCAUGUCAGAACGGAGGUACCUGCUCAGACCAGGUUAACGGCUUCAUCUGCCAGUGUCCACCUGGGUUUACAGGGACCAUCUGCCAAACAGAUGUGGAGGAGUGCCUGUCAUAUCCAUGUCAGAACGGAGGUACCUGCUCAGACCAGGUUAACGGCUUCAUCUGCCAGUGUCCACCUGGGUUUACAGGGACAGUCUGCCAAACAGAGUUGGCGGUGGUCCGUGUGAAUUCAUCAUCUACUCCUCAAACUGAAAAUCGAACAGUGUCCUGUGAGGGGGAGGGCUGUGACAAACACCAGAUCUGUGAACACACCGGCUCUGGGAGUUACAACUGCACAUGUACCCAAGGAUUCUAUGGUGACAACUGUGAAGAGGAGUGUCUGUGCCAGAAUGGUGGCGUCUGUGUGGAAGUGAAUGGGACCUGUGACUGCUCCUCCGGCUUCACUGGACUCUACUGUCAGUUUGAGGUGACCCAGACCCCAUGCAGCAACAGCAGGCCGUGUCCUGACGGAGGACCCUGUCUGGAGUACGGAGGAACUUACCUGUGUACCUGUCAGACAGGUGUGGCAGACCUAGAUCACAGGGACUUCUAUCCUCCCUAUGUACAGCCUCGAUCGGUCUGUGAUUCGUCUCCGUGUCUGAACGGAGGUCAGUGCUAUGAGAGGGAUGGAGGCUACACCUGCGAGUGCAAGCAUGGAUACAGAGGGAAGCACUGUGAGAAAGUCAGACUCAAUACCUGUGCCUCUGGCCUGUGUCGUAACGGAGGGUCCUGUAAAGAGGAGGCAGGGAGCUACCUGUGUGUCUGUCCAUACAGGUUCACUGGAAAACACUGUGAAGUGGGGAGGCCAGACCCGUGCUCCUCCAGCCCCUGUCUGAACGGAGGAACAUGUUUCCACUACAUUGGGAAGUACAAGUGUGAAUGUUCCGGAUCCUUCAGCGGGAGACACUGUGACAUCAGCAGGGGAUCAGCACACUCCACAGCAGACCUGGACUGUGGUCCCCCCCUGCAGGUGAAGCAUGCAGAGCUCCAGUUCUCCUCUACGUCGCCAGGCUCCAUGGCUCUGUACGUGUGUCACCCAGGAUACACCCCCAUGCCCAGGGCCACCCAGAGCAUCUGUGGGGGGCAGGGGGCCUGGAGCCAACCUCCUGUCUGCCAGGAGAUCAACGAGUGUUUGUCCCAGCCUUGUCUGAAUGGAGGGACAUGUCGGGACAGGGUGGCGACCUACCUGUGUGCAUGUGACCAAGGCUUCAGUGGAAACCACUGCCAGACAGAUGUGGAUGAGUGUGUGUCGGAGCCCUGUAAGCACGGAGGAACCUGUGAGGAUCAGCCUGGAUCCUACUACUGUCACUGCCAGCAGGGUUUCAUGGGACGAGACUGUGAAAUAGACGUUGUGUCUCCAGAGCAGGACGGGUGUGACUCCAGCCCCUGUCUGAACGGCGGCGUGUGUCGUGGCUACAGGCGAAACCACCUGUGUGUCUGCAAAGAAGGUUUCUUCGGGGAUCGUUGCCAGUCGUUGGACAAUCCCUGUGUACUGCAGCCGUGUGGGAACAGAGGUCUCUGCCAGAGCAACAGGAGAGGGAACUACAGCUGUACUUGCAGAGUGGGACACACAGGCAAGGACUGUGAGAGAGACCUGUUGCCUCCCUCUGGUCUGCAUGUAUUACGGGUGGAGGAGGAUGAGGUGGAGCUGCACUGGGACCUGCCGGCCCCUUCCUCUCAGAGCCUGUUCAGUGGCUUCGCUGUGACCUACGCCCCUCUGGGUCUCCCGGGCCGUGGCAGCGGAACCAGGAAGACUGACUUCCUGGAUAAGAAGCAGUCCACCUAUCAGCUGCAGGGCCUGGUGCCCGGCCUGCUGUACAACAUCUCCACCUUCUCUGUGAAACGAAACACCAACAGCAACGACAUCAGCCAGCCAGCCAUCGCUCUCAUACGCACCCGGCCGCGGCGGGUGGACCAGCUGCAGGUUGUCAACGUAUCGUCCUCCCAGGUAUGGCUGAGGUGGCUGCUGCAGGCUGCUCAUCACGCAGCUGUCAGCCAGGUGCGCCUCUCCCUGGUCCCCUCAGAUGGCAGUGGAUCUCGCACCGCCCUGGUCAACACCAGUACCACGGAGUACGCAUUCAGCUCUCUGCUCCCUGGUCAGAUGUACACGGUGGACGUUCUAACUCAGAGUGGUAUCAGACCAGACGAGUCGCCGUCCACCAGUCACUCUGCUGGACCGCUGCAAAUCUGGACACGGCCCCUCCCCCCUCAGAACCUGUCUUUGGCACAUGUGACCUCCAACUCUGCCCUGGUGACGUGGGACCACCAUCCCAGGAACCUGCCAGACGGCUUCGUGGUCAAUGUGACGCGAGGCCUGAGCACCCGGAGCCGCUUCCUACCCAAUGGGAAGUUAGAGACGUAUACCCUGAGAGAGCUUUCUCCGGGACAGCACUACCACCUUGCUCUCACGGCUGUUAGGAACACGGGACAGGAACAGAUUCACAGCGUACCACAGCACCUGGCCUUCACCACAUUAUCGAUGGAGGAACGAUGGGGAGGGAGGACGAGGGGGAGACCGUCUGUCAUGGGCCAGGGAACUCCUGUGAGUCAUACACUAGCCCCGUCUGAACCUCAGGACCUGGGGGUGGUUGGAGAGAGAGAGCUCUCUGAAGAGAUGCCCAGAUACACAGAGCUGAUUGAUGGUAGAGGGAAGAUAACAGCUGAGUUCUCCAAACUGCCCAGAAAGGCCAUCAGACACCGCACUAAACCCGAGCCCCCCAUUCAGCUAGAGAGGAUGGAGGAGACAACCAAUAAAAUCAGCCUUGCACUAGAGAUCCAGAGGAAGGAGGAAGAGGAGGAGUCCAAGAGAAAACCUGAGUCGUCCCAGGACUGCCGGAGUCUGCCCUGCCUGAACGGGGGUACGUGUGCGAAGGGCGGCGACUCCUACAUCUGCGACUGCAUAGCCGGUUUCAAGGGCAGGCAGUGUGAGCUGUUCUGCCAGCGAGUGCCCCACCCGUGUACCCGCCUCUACUCUGAAACCAAGAGCGUGCCCGUCUGGGUGGGCGAAGUCUGCCAUUACCUGUAUAAAAUAACGUAUAAAGUCCAGCAGGAUAUUUGCUAUCGAGAGAUCUGUGGACCACCACUGCUUCCCAAGAAAAGCCCCAGUGAGUUUGAUUGAACAGUUCGGUCACCUGAAUGAAAAAGCUAAUCUUGGAUGACCCAUGUUGACCAGAGAUUGGCCUGUUGGAUGACCCAUGUUGACCCAUGUUGACCAGAGAUUGGCCUGUUGGAUGACCCAUGUUGACCCAUGUUGACCAGAGAUUGGCCUGUUGGAUGACCCAUGUUGACCCCUGUUGUCCAGAGAUUGUCCUGUUGGAUGACCCAUGUUGUCCAGAGAUUGGCCUGUUGGAUGACCCAUGUUGCCCAGAGAUUGACCUAUUGGAUGACCCUUGUUGCCCAGAGAUUGGCCUGUUGGAUGACCAAUGUUGCCCAGAGAUUGACCUAUUGGAUGACCCUUGUUGCCCAGAGAUUGGCCUGUUGGAUGACCCUUGUUGCCCAGAGAUUGGCCUGUUGGAUGACCAAUGUUGCCCAGAGAUUUGCCUGUAGGAUCAAUCAAUCACAUGUAUUUAUAAAGCCCUUUUUACAUCAGCUGAUGUCACAAAGUGCUGUACAGAAAAUCCCAAACAGCAAGCAAUGCAGGUGUAGAAGCACAGUGGCUAGGAAAAACCUAGAGAGGAACCAGGCUAUGAGGGGUGACCUAUGUUACCCAGAGAUUGGCCUAUUGGAUGACCCAUGUUGUCCAGAGAUUGACCUAUUGGAUGACCCAUGCUGACCCAUGUUGCCCAGAGAUUGCCCUAUUGGAUGGCCCAUGUUGCCCAGAGAUUGACCUAUUGGAUGACCCAUGUUGUCCAGAGUUUGGCCUGUUGAAUGACCCAUGUUGCCCAGAGAUUGGCCUGUUGGAUGACCCAUGUUGCCCAGAGAUUGGCCUGUUGGAUGACCCAUGUUGACCCAUGUUGCCCAGAGAUUGACCUAUUGGAUGGCCCAUGUUGCCCAGAGAUUGACCUAUUGGAUGACCCAUGUUGUCCAGAGUUUGGCCUGUUGAAUGACCCAUGUUGCCCAGAGAUUGGCCUAUUGGAUGACCCAUGUUGCCCAGAGAUUGACCUAUUGGAUGACCCAUGUUGCCCAGAGAUUGGUUUAUUGGAUGACCCAUGUUGGAUGACCCAUGUUGCCCAGAGAUUGACCUAUUGGAUGACCCAUGUUGACCCAUGUUGCCCAGAGAUUGGCCUGUUGGAUGACCCAUGUUGACCCAUGUUGCCCAGAGGUUGACCUGUUGGAUGACCCAUGUUGCCCAGAGAUUGACCUAUUGGAUGACCCAUGUUGCCCAGAGGUUGACCUGUUGUAGCCGCAGCUUGAAUGAGGAUUUGGAGGAAGCUAACAAGUGGAACAUGAUUGACCCCUACAACCAUCAAUGAGAUUUGGCCCCAGAAUCAUCAAUCAUUUCUAACUAUUCUAUGUCAUAUUUUUUUUUUUAACAGAAUUUUCACUCAUGAUGGAUGACAAAUGUAUCAUAAACAGUUCACACCUGUGUAAAAUCAAAACAUUAUACAUACCUCAUGUCUCACAUACAGGGGGCACAUAGUCAGCCACCAAUUGUGCAAGUUCUCCCACUUAAAAAGAUGAGAGAGGCCUGUAAUUUUCAUCAUAGGUACACUUCA